UUUUCAGAGGGCAAUUUCAGCUGAAUGAGGCCUUGGGGUCUCCAUCAACCAGCACAGGGAAGAAGAAAGCUCUCCACAAUGCCAGAGCCCACCAAGAAAGAGGAAAAUGAAGCACCAGCCCCACCUCCUGAAGAACAAAGUAAAGAGAAGGAGGGAGAAUCUGCACCCCCUAAAGGUGAAGGUGAUGUCUCUCUACCCAGUGCCUUGCCAGCAGAUAUCAAUGCCCGGGCUCUGGAGAGGAAAGAUUCAGAAUGGUCUCUUGGUGAAUCCCCAGUCGGGGAAGAACAGGAUAAGCAGAACGCCAACACCUCCCAAAGUGUGCUCUUUGUGGAGAAACCUCAGAAUGGAACAGUGAAAGUUGGUGAAAAUAUUACCUUUAUAGCCAAAGUUGAGGCCAAAGAUCUUCUUCGAAAACCCACCGUCAAAUGGUUCAAGGGAAAAUGGAUGGACUUGGCCAGCAAAGCUGGGAAACAUCUUCAGCUGAAGGAAACCUUUGAAAGGCAAACAAGGAUGUACACAUUCGAGAUGCAGAUCAUCAAAGCCAAGGAGAACUAUGCUGGAAACUACAGGUGUGAAGUGUCCUACAAGGACAAGUUCGACACCUGUUCCUUUGACCUGGAAGUUCAUGAAUCUACUGGAACCACUCCGAACAUCGAUAUCAGAUCUGCUUUCAAAAGAAGCGGCGAAGGACAAGACGAUGCAGGAGAACUUGACUUUAGUGGCCUCCUGAAACGUAGGGAAAUCAAGCCACAGGAAGAAGAGCCAGAAAUAGAUGUGUGGGAGCUUCUGAAGAAUGCCAAUCCCAGUGAAUACGAGAAGAUUGCCUUUCAGUAUGGCAUCACUGAUCUGAGAGGCAUGCUGAAGCGUCUGAAGCGCAUGAGGAGGGUUGAGAAGAAAAGCGCAGCUUUUUCCAAAAUUCUUGAUCCUGCCUACCAGGUAGACAAAGGUGGUAAAGUCAGAUUUAUGGUGGAGCUGGCAGACCCAAAGUUAGAAGUGAAAUGGUACAAAAAUGGACAAGAAAUACGACCCAGUACCAAAUAUAUCUUUGAGCACAAAGGAAGCCAAAGAAUCAUGUUUAUCAAUAACUGCCAGAUGACAGAUGAUUCUGAGUAUUACGUGACAGCUGGGGAUGAGAAAUGUUCCACAGAACUUUUUGUAAGAGAGCCCCCAAUACUGGUGACCAAACAACUGGAGGACACCAACGCCUACUGCGGGGAAAGAGUUGAGCUGGAGUGUGAGGUGUCUGAGGAUGAUGCCAAUGUGAAGUGGUUUAAGAAUGGCGAGGAGAUUGACAUUGGUCCAAAGUCCAGAUACCGGGUCAAAGUAGAGGGAAAGAAGCACAUCUUGAUCAUAGAGGGAGCUACCAAGGCGGACACUGCAGAAUAUUCUGUCAUGACCACAGGGGGACAGUCUUCUGCCAAGCUGAAUGUGGGCCUGAAACCCCUGAAGAUAUUGCAGCCCUUAACAGAUAUAACCGAGAAACUUGGAAAGGAAAUCUGCUUGAAGUGUGAAAUCUCUGAAAACAUACCAGGGAAAUGGACCAAGAAUGGUCUACCUGUUCAGGAAAGUGAACGCUUAAAGGUCAUCCACAAAGGAAGAAUCCACAAAUUAGUGAUAGCCAAUGCUCUCAUUGAGGAUGAAGGUGAAUACGUAUUUGCACCUGAUGCCUACACUGUGACCUUGCCCGCCAAAGUUCGUGUAAUAGAUCCUCCUAAGAUACACCUGGAUGGGCUGGAUGCUGACAAUACUGUGACUGUCAUUGCCGGAAGCAAACUUCGCCUUGAGAUCCCAGUCAGCGGAGAGCCACCCCCCAAGGCCCUGUGGAGCCGGGCGGACAAGGCUAUUACAGAGGGUGGGGGUCGGAUCCGAGCAGAAUCCUAUCCCGAUAGUAGCACUUUGGUCAUUGAUGUUGCUGAAAGGGAAGACUCUGGUGUCUACAACAUCAAUCUCAAGAAUGAAGCAGGGGAGGCUCACGCAAGCAUCAAAAUCAAGGUGGUUGAUAUCCCAGAUCCUCCAUUGGCGCCCAAUGUGAUAGAUGUGGGAGAUGACUGGUGCAAAAUGAACUGGGAGCCUCCCGCAAAUGACGGCGGGUCCCCCAUCCUCGGAUACUUUAUCGAAAGGAAAAAGAAACAGAGCUCUAGGUGGAUGAGGCUGAAUUUUGAUCUCAUCAAAGAAACGUCAUUUGAGCCCAAGAAAAUGAUUGAAGGUGUUGCCUACGAGGUCCGGAUAUUUGCUGUUAAUGCCAUUGGCAUCUCCAAGCCCAGCAUGCCCUCCAAGCCUUUCGUUCCCUUGGCUGUAACCAGCCCACCUACUCUUCUGGCUGUUGACUCUGUAACGGAUACUACGGUGACGAUGAAAUGGAGGCCCCCGGACCACAUUGGUGCAGCAGGUUUAGAUGGCUAUGUGUUAGAGUAUUGCUUUGAAGGAAGUACAUCGGCAAAACAGUCUGAUGAAAAGGGGGAGGCUGCGUAUGAUCUUUCAGCGGAGGACUGGAUAGUGGCCAACCCAGAACUGACUGACAAAACUAAAUUCACCAUCACUGGCCUUCCAACGGACGCCAGAAUCUUUGUGAGAGUGAAGGCUGUGAAUGCUGCUGGUGCCAGUGAACCCAAAUAUUAUGGACAACCAAUCCUGGUCAGAGAGAUUAUUGAACCUCCCAAGAUUCGUAUCCCUCGACAUCUGAAGCAAACCUAUAUUCGAAGAGUUGGAGAGGCCGUAAAUCUUGUCAUUCCUUUCCAGGGAAAACCAAGGCCAGCAUUAACUUGGAAGAAGGAUGGUGCUGAUAUAGAUAAGAACCAAAUAAACAUACGCAACUCUGAAACGGACACCAUCAUAUUUAUCAGAAAAGCAGAGAGGAGCCACUCAGGGAAAUACAAUCUGGAAGUGAAAGUGGACAAAUAUGUGGAGACUGCCACCAUAGAUAUUCAGAUAGUUGACCGUCCUGGCCCACCCCAAGUUGUGAAGAUUGAAGAUGUCUGGGGAGAAAAUGCUGCCUUGGUGUGGACACCACCAAAGGAUGAUGGAAAUGCUGCCAUUACAGGGUACACAAUUCAAAAAGCUGACAAGAAGAGUAUGGAAUGGUUCACUGUCAUCGAACACUAUCACAGGACAAACGCUACCAUCACCGAACUCGUCAUAGGAAAUGAAUAUUACUUCCGGGUGUUUUCUGAAAACAUGUGUGGUCUCAGUGAGGAGGCGACAAUGACGAAAGAGAGCGCUGUGAUUGCCAAGGACGGAAAAGUCUACAAGAACCCUGUGUAUGAAGACUUCGAUUUCACUGAAGCACCGAUGUUCACCCAGCCCCUGGUGAACACUUACGCCAUAGCAGGCUACAACGCGACCCUGAACUGCAGCGUCAGAGGAAAUCCAAAGCCCAAAAUAACCUGGUUGAAAAACAAAGUUGCCAUCGUGAAUGACCCAAGAUACAGGAUGUUCAGCAACCAAGGAGUCUGUACCUUGGAGGUCCGUAAGCCCAGCCCCUAUGAUGGAGGAACCUAUAGUUGCCAGGCAGUCAAUGACCUGGGGAUGGUGGAAACUGAAUGCAAGCUGGAGGUGAAAGGUGGCCUUUCCUUCUGCAGGCUUCUUUUGCAAGGUGUUCCUCCAAACAUAAUCGAUUCAUAUUUGCGGGACUUGGAAUCAAGCAAUCCUGAGGGAAACUGAGUCUGCCCAGUGCUUCCCUGCUACUGUAGUGAAAACUGGUUGCCAAUGGGAAAACAUUUCUUUUGUUAUUCUUCCAAUAGCAACCCAAGUGUGGUCAUUUCUUUCCUCCUUCUGUUGAAAAUAAAAUAUUCCCAUGGGUGGCUUAGAGUGGGCAUUCUUGGAAAGACCCAGAUUGGAAGUCAGGCCUUUGGUAAUGUUCAGCCUUGCUUUGUGUUUGAUGAUAAUUGUAUUUUUAAAAAAAAGAAAGAAAGAAAAGGAAAAGAAAGAAAGGAAAGUGGGAAAAUAAGCAUGCACUGUGAUUUGUGUUUGUCAGACUGCAGAGUGCUAUAAGUGUAUAGAGCUAAGUCAGAGGCAGUGAGGGACAAUGUGAAACCUUAAAUCUAGCCCUUGGGGAAAAUGGAUUUUUCUCAGUUCCCAGUAUCAUUUGCUUAGGACAGCAAAAUCCUCUGCUGCCCAAUACCAGCGGCCCCCUGCAUUAGCCAGUUUCAACUGAAUUCGCUAAGUGUUCUGUUCCCAAGACCUCACCUUGAAAAUCAAUUUGUUCUCAACAGAAGGUAAAAUGUGUUCAGUUAAUUGUAUAAUAAUAAUUUUAAAAACAAAGUGUUUAUGUUGGAGAA